AUGGUGGAACAUCACCAGCUGUAUUACGACCGUAACGGGCGUUUCAUCUCGAGCUCCGUUACAAUUGCAGAUGAAACGUCCGACACAGCCUAUUCCCGCGGCUUGGGCCUUUCCGACAGCGAGAUCGACUCGCUCGUCUCAUCUGCCAUAAGCAGCCAAAAGCUGCCGUACGAUCCAAACGGCGUGUACUUCGUACUCUCAGAUGAAACGGUCGGCCAGUCCUCUCAAGGCUCCGCCUUCUGCACGCACUACUGCGGCUGGCACACCUACACUGACGUCCCGGGCAAGGGCCGCGUGGUCAGCGGCUGGGUGGGCAACGCCAAGACCCAGUGCCCUAGGAGCUGCGUCUUGCGUCACAUCUCAUCCUCAUCCUCCUCGCCCAACCGGGACAAGGGCAUGUCCGUGUGUGCACACACACACCUUGAUUCCCUCUGCCAAAUCCCACCCCUCGCCCCUCCCCAUGCACAGUGCCUUAGGAGCUGCAUCACGGGCCUCAUCUCAUCCUCGUUCUCCUCGCCCAACCGGGACAAGGGCAUGUCCGUGUAUGGAAAGACACGCACCCGGUUCCCCCCUCUCACCCUCCCCCAUACAAAGUGCCCUAGGAGCUGCAUUUCGGGCCUCAUCUCAUCCUCCUCCUCUUCACCCAACCGGGACAAGGGAAUGGAUGGGCUGCUGUCCGUGAGCUGCAUCGCUGGCCUCAUCUCCUCCUCAUCCGCCUCGCCCAACCGGGACAAGGGAAUGGAUGGGCUGCUGUCCGUGUAUGCACACGAGGUGGCAGAGGCGACUAGCAGCCCAUAUCUGCAGACGUGGAUGGAUGACAAAGGGGACGAGAACGCAGAUAAAUGCGGAUGGAAGUGA